AUGAAAAUAAGUGGGAUUAGCAUUAUUUUAACUAUUUUCGCAUUCAGAACAAAUACAGGGAAGUCACAGAGUAACAAUAAAUAUUUACCGUCGUUUAGAAUACAUGCUGAAGAAUCAGAGCAUUAUGAUGGUGUAAAAUCUCAUAAAGAUAACGAAAGCAGUAAUCUAGUAGCUUUCUUAGUGGAAAAUGUUAAAAGGAUUUUUGACGAUUUACACGAAACUACUUCCAUAAUAAAUAGAUCACUUGAAAAAUUAGAUACACUUUCGGAGGUACAAACACAAACUCUAAAUCAUGAUGAUGAAGAUAAAGUUGAAAAUAUUAAUGUAGUGAAAUCUUCUGAAGCUACAAAAUAUAACACUAAAAUUGCUGGUAAAGUUGAUAAAGCAUAUAAUAAAGUUACAAAAAGAAGAAAACUCAAUGAUGCUACUACAAUAAAUUAUCAGAUACAUUUAUCACGCGAUUUAAUGUAUCACAAAACUUCAUCUCUAGCUGAGCAACUAACGAAUCGUGCUGAGAAUAAUACAAAUUGUAACUUGUUGUAUGAAACGCAAUUAGAAAGAUUUGCACAUCGACGUCGAUCGUGUAUCGCAUGUGAUAAUAUAAUGGCAAAAGAUUGUAGUGACCCCAAGAAUAAACUUGUGCCUUCUAUUUUAUGUGAACGUGAAGACGAUUUGUGUUAUUCAAUGCACACUCCAUUUGGAAUUAUCGAUCGUGGAUGUUUCAAUGUGAAUUACAAUAUUAGCACCUAUGUCUGUUCCUGCAAUCUUUGUAACUACAUAUCCAUUUCUGAAAUGCCAUAUAUUUUCUCCAGCAAGCGCGAUUGGGUCGAUAAUGUUGUUGAGCUCUCACGUACGAUACGAUUUAGAAAAUCGGUUUUUAAAGAUAUGUCUUGCUUGAGAUGUGAAGUUAACGUGACCACCGAAAGAGGAGAUAUGCUUGAUAGCGCAAAUUGCUUGGAAGGUAACGUAGGUUUAUUACCCAGAGAAAUAUGCGGCGAAGACGAAAUAUGUGUUGUGAAAUCAAUUAGAAGUCAAGGCUAUAUUUGGAGAGGUUGUGCUAAGUCUCCACUGUACAAUUACUGGUGGAAAUACUGUGACAGUGAUCUUUGUAACUAUGACAGCAUAACAUCUAUUUAUGACUUUUUGUAA